AGGAGGAAGAGAAAAGGGGGCAGGAAGAUAUGAGGCUGAAAGGUGGGAGGCAGGGCAGGGCUCUGAGAUGUGGAACCAGUAGUCCCCUCUGGAGCCAAGCAGCAGGACCUCUGGCUCAUCUCUACUCCUAACUGACUCCCACCACUGCUGCUGCUGCUGCUGCUGCAUCGUCCCAGCAGAGCUGCGCUCAGGACAUUGCCUCUGACUCACGCCCUUUGGCUGAUCUCCCACCAAGCGUUUCCUAGGCCAUGCAAGAGACGCACGCCUCCCUUGCCUGACCCACACAGCCAUGUCCACUCUGUCCUCCAGCAGCAGGGAGCAGGCUCGCGCACGGAGGACCCCAUCCGACCUGCCUCCCUCCUCAAGCAGCAGAGCAAGCAGGCAUGAAAGAGAAUCAAAGUUGGACUCUUCAGCAGGUGGAGCUGGACGGCCCACUCCUCUCUCUUCUCGAAGGGACAACUCCUCAAGGGGAGCAGGCCAGGCUGCAGAUGACGGCAGCCCCAAAGACUACAAGAAGAUGUAUGAGCAGGCUUUACAGACCAAUGAGAAACUGAAGUCCAGGCUGGAAGACAGCAAAAAGGAGCUGGCUAGGAUCCAAGCACGACUAGAGAGAGUCAACCAGAAACAGGGUAAAGUGUCUGAGCGGUCCAACGUGAUGGACAAGGACAAAGGGGAGAAGCACAUUCUGGAGAAAAAGAUAUCAGAGAUGGAGGAUGAGCUGAAGGUGAGGACAGAGCUGAAGAAUGAGAACCAGCGGCUGAAGGAUGAGAAUGGAGCACUGAUCCGCGUCAUUAGCAAGUUAUCCAAAUAAAAACAAAGAGGAUGAAACUAUAAAACCUCAAGACUCAAACCAGUUCUCCGCCUGAGGAGUUCCUACUGUCUAAAUAAUGUGUGUGUACACGGACACUCUCACACACACACACACACACACAAACACCACUGUCCAGACCCUGUUUGAACAUGUGUCUAUCUUGGGGUUACGGUUGUCUCACUCUACUGCCAUCUACUGUUAGAACGUUAGUUUUGUUUCACAGUAUGUGGAAUGUAAUUAGCAGUCAUUUGAAUUUGAUGUACUCAAAUUAACUUCAGAUAUACACCUGCUAUAACUUGGAUUAACAGAGUUGUGUCUACAUUGGUAGUCUGAUUUGAGACACUGUUUUACUGUCACAUCACACUUGUCUGGUAGGUUACAGUGUCCAUAGUCUGCGGUACUGUAUUGCAUUUUUAGCCAUCAUACUCACAUUCUCACAUUAUGUUCAUUUGAAGAUUAUUUAAGAGUUAUUGAAUCAACAGCUGUACCUGAGGAAGAUUUGUGUGUUGUCUUGAUGCUGAUCACAUUCCUCCUGGUUUGAGUAUGCUGUCUUAAUAUGUAAGGCUAAGGAUUUCCUUUUGUUUCUCUUCAAUCAAAGAAAUCUUAUUUAUUACACAAGUGAAAACUCAUUAAAUUGUAUGCCACAAUA